AUGGAACUGCACGUUCCUCAAGAACGCUUUCCUCUGCACGGUGCUGUAAUCAACGCCAAUCUCACUGCCCGAAGCCACACACCAGCCUUCCCUAAUUCCGUUGCCUUGGACGACUCGCCGUCGGUAGUCUUGCCCUUCGUGCCAUCCGGUGAAGCCAGUGCGAUUGCUUCCGCCCCUGCGGUCGAAGCAGAAGACGACCAAUCGUCGCUUUCGUUGGGAUACAUCAGUCUAGAAGUCCACUUCACACUGCUGCUGCUCAUCAUGGUUUCUAGCGUCGCUGUCAACGGACUCGUGUUUGUUCUCUUCUACCAGCGGCCUUCCGUGCGCAUGACUUCCAACAAGUUCGUCUUGAAUAUGGCCAUAGUGUACCUCCUCCAGACAUUCAUCCUUUUGCCGUUCGUUUUCGUGUCUAUCGUGUUACGAGAGUGGAUAUUCGGAGACGUGUGGUGCAAGAUGCACGGCACCCUCUCUCUGUGCUUCACCCUAGCCAACGUUUUCUCCAUUCUACUGAUAGCCGUGGACAGAAACUGCGCAGUCAACAGCCCGCUGCACUACUCCAUGACCAUCACGAAAAAGCGAACGAGCGGACUCAUCGUAUCCACUUGGCUCUUCGCCAUCGUCAUCGCGUUACCGCCGCUCUUCGGCGUCUCGGACAUAAAGUACCAGGAGAGCUGGGCGAUGUGCACCGUAACCUGGCACGACGCCGGCUUUCUCACCAUUGCCUACUCAUGCGUUCUCUGCGUGGUGGGCUUCCUGCUUCCGUUUGUUCGGAUCACGUGGAUAUAUGCUUCCAUGUUCAAAGCUGCUCGCCGUAACAGCGCCUGUACUCGCCUCAACUUCACCGCCGUUGGCAACGAGGUGAGCCAGCCUUCGACGGUGGGACCGGAAGUCGGAAGCCACCCGUCUCCUUACCUGCAGAAGAAGUUGGCUUGGUCUAAACGAACGUCUUCGCUUAGUCAAGCGUCUUCGAUAUUCGGCGACAAGUGGAAAGCCGUACGGACUGGAGUCCUCGUGGUGGUGUCCUUUACGGCGUGCUUCCUUCCUUUCUUUUCCAUGACUCUGGUGGAACCACACGCCCGCACGCGCAAGACAGCGCUCCAUAACCUGCCGGCCAUUGCCAUGUUGCUUCUUUUCUGCUCGUCGCUCAUAAACCCGUACCUGUACGUCAUAAGAAACAAGGCAAUGCGCAAACACGUGCAUAAGAUGUUCACCCGGCUGACGCGCAAGCCCAGUUUCUUCUCUCCGCGGGGCUACCAUUUCAGUCACCAAAGCCCGCCACAAGAGAGGAAGUUCUCGGAGGACUUCAAGGUACCUAGUAGCGCCGCUUCUAUGCGCCCCGAAGAAAGCGUCGACUACCAGACGCCCUUCGUAACGCAUUCCCUGUGUCAAAGUGAGUCGGGCGACUGGAAGAUUGUCACCGUCGCCACCGACGUGAGGCGGUCGUCUUUCCGCAGGUCAUUCGUUACCGUGCAACACCCGCUCUUUUUAGACAACGCAACAGAAGAGCCUCAACUACGGCAGCAGGAGCAGAUGCGCUACAAGUGUAAACCCGCACGCAGCCUGCGUGUAGCCGCCAUUAGGAGUGACUUCAACAGACGAGCAUCCUUCGACGGCUCCAAGUUUGCGUCUGCAAGGUUUCCCAAGGUGCUCGAUCGAAACUCAGAAGUUGCAGCUGCGAAGUCAACCGCUCAUUCCGGAGGCGACCGCAGCAUGUCCUUCCGUAUGCGCGGUCGCUUCGCAAACCGUGACGAGUCGAUUGAAACGUACGACCCGUCGUGCAACAGCAGUUUCUGCCAAGAAGUCUGGAGCCGCCAGGUUACCGACUCUUCCCUGCACCGCCGACCGAGCAACGCCAUUCGACAGCCGCAGAGCAGCGUGUUAUCUGUUGUCCGUGGUGGUGAAGUGUACGACAGAUGCUCCGCAGUAGACAGCGUCGUGCAGGUUCACAGUUACGGAAACCUGACAUCGUCAGCUGACGCCUCUUCUUCAGCGGCUUCGUACAAUCGCCGACCAGUGCUGAAACGAGGCCGGUCAUUCGCCUUCGACGAGCACGAAAUGAGCGCGACUUUUUCACCACAAAGGAUUUCCUACUCGGGAGGACUCCGGAAGUCUCACUUUGCUUUGGCGAGAAACUCUACGAGACACAGCUCUACCGACACCACGACGACAACGCUAGAGUCGCUAACCUCCACGGAGUCACAAGACGGUACCGUCAACCAACCGGCCACGCAGUAUGCGCCGUACUACGAUUCACCCUUGCACUUGGUGCAACACUACUGCCAGCACGAGCCCAUGACACGGAACAGCGACGCUACCGUUUCUUUUCUUCGUUCCUCGAUGGCUCACAAACGAAACCAACACAGUCACUUUUCGUGCCAGAGCCAGGAGAGGAGGGACUCUGGCUUCGAGGACGCCAUGAUGGGGAAGUGUGAUCUGUGCGACACAGUUGUGAAUGAGAGUGGUUCUAUCAAGGCAGUGAAAUUUCUAGACCGAGUGUAGCUACCGAACAGUGACAUUGUACAGUGUAUAUUCAUGUGGUUGCGCGUUUUUCGCUCAAAAAGCUCCAAGUGUUGAACUCGAUCACUUACCAGAAAGCCACGAGUAUCACCAGUUUGCAUGGAACACGUUACAUGAGCCCCGUCAAAACCUGUCUCGCACUAUGAA